AUGGACGAGGCUAAGCCGAGGAGUUCGCCAGAAGGAGACCACUUGCCGGCACGUAACACGUCGUCGCCGGUUGCGCUGAAUCUGGGGUGUGUGCGGUUUGGCGGAACAUGCUCGACACCGGCCGACGACAAAAACCACCUCGUUGCUCAGUUUUCAGUUGCCGGCGACAAUCGACACGGGCUGCACGGCCUGACAGCAACCGCGAGGUUCUAUCUACCUCGGCUGCAGUCUGCUGAGCGAUUGAACGAACUGUCGUCGAAACUUGCUCACUACUUCAGAAACGGCGCAAAACUUCUCUGGCUGGAAGUUUUAGAACUUAGCGUACAUGAGGUACUUCUCGUCGGUGUGGAAAAAAACCGCCCGGAAAGAGACGACUGCGCCGAAGCGCAUUGA